UACCACACAACACAACACAGCAUAACCCCCCACUAAACACACCUUGACAUUCACUUCCACAAAGUUGACAUAACUCCUCGCUAUUCCUCAAUUUUCUCUGCAAAUUUUCCUCCAAAAAAAUGGAAACUCCGAUUCCGACUGUCCUCUUCUUCUUUCUCGUUAUCUGGGCCUCCAAAAAUGUGGAGUCUGCUCCGGCACCAUCGCCUUCGGCAGACUGCUCGACUCUGAUUCUAAACCUAGCCGACUGUCUGACGUACGUAAUCGGAGGAAGCACAGUGAAGACGCCGGAGGGGACGUGCUGUACGGGGUUGAAGACGGUGCUGAAAACGGACCCAGAGUGUCUAUGCGAGGGGUUCAAGAACAGUGGCCAAUUGGGAGUCACUUUGAAUAUCACAAAGGCAUUGGCUCUUCCCUCUGCUUGCCAUGUCUCUGCUCCUUCUCUCUCUAACUGUGGUCUGAGUCUUGCUCCUGGUGCUGCUCCUGAGGGUGCCGUCUCCCCAAGCACAACCGGAGGAGGCGUGGCUACUUCUUCGGUUGGGACUAAUCCGGCAGCAGCUCCUGCAAGCUCAGAUUCGGUUGCGCUCACUGCAUCUAUCGGAUCAGUUGUUAUGGUACUGGUGGCUGCUUCAUUCACUUUGGUUUGAGAUGAGAGAAUGGGAUAGGAGAGAGGCUGUUUUUGUGAUGUUUGUAGACUUGAGAUUUGAUUGAGCAUUCUAAAUAGUAUUUAGAGUUUUAUUUAUUUAUUUAUUUUGGGAUGUGGAAGAGAGUAGAUAUUAAUCAUUCUGUAAAAGUCUCUUCUCUUGCUUCUUUUAAGCCAGGUCUGACAUUUGGAUU